CCCCCCCGGGACCCCUCCCCAGGGUACCUGAACCGGCUGCGGGUCCACAACGCCGAGGUUCUGCACGAGCUGGUGGAGAGGAGGGGUCCCGGGACCCCCCUGCUGACCCUGUCCAACCACGCCUCCUGCAUGGACGACCCCCACCUCUGGGGGUCCCUGAAGCUGCGACACGUCUGGAACCUGCCCAGGAUGCGCUGGACCCCCACGGCCGCUGACAUUUGCUUCACCCGGGAGCUGCACUCGCUCUUCUUCAGCCUGGGGCGCUGCGUGCCCGUGUGCCGCGGGGACGGCGUUUACCAGCGCGGGAUGGAUUUCAUACUGGAGAAGCUCAACCAGGGAGACUGGGUGCACAUGUUCCCUGAGGGUAAAGUGAACCUGGGCCAGGAGGUCGCUCGUUUCAAGUGGGGCAUUGGGCGGCUCCUGGCCGAGUGUCGGAGGGACCCCGUGAUCCUCCCGCUGUGGCACGGGGGGAUGAGCGAUGUCCUCCCCAACCAUCGGCCCUACGUGCCCCGGGUGGGGCAG